AUGCCAGUCAACACAGCGCUCCAAGUGAUAGCUGUAGAAGACGAAGCAGAUCCGAUGGAUUCCGCUACCGACGCGCUCCUAGAGCGACAGAAUCACCUCAAUUCGGAAAAUCCCAUGCCAAAACUCCGUCCUAUGCGUGGGCUUAUCAGAAAGUACCUUCGUGCUGAUAUCAAGCCAGACCGUCCUCGAGGUGGCCACGGUGGUCGAGGCGCUAAGAAGCGAGGACCCAGGAAGGCUGCCGAGCCAACUGGCGAUAUUAAAUAUCGCCUUAAUAUGGCAUCAAAUGCGUACAUGGAUGGGCGUAUUGAUGAAGCAAUCGACUUUGUAAAUGAUGCUAUUCGUAUAAAUGCUGAGACUUAUCGGGCUUGGGUUCUCCUAGCUUCGUUACGCCAGGAGAAAGGUGAUAGAGAGGGGCAUUUCCAUGCACGGCUGUUCGCCGCGCAUCUACAGCCAAAAAUCAUAGACGAGUGGCUUCAGUGCGCAGAGCUAGCCAUUGCUCUUCGAGAGGAAUUUCCAGACCAGGCAGAUGAGUAUCUCGACAAUGCUGACAAACUUUACUCGAGAGCCCUAAGAAUCGACAGCAAGCAUAGCGGAGCACGUCAUGGGAGAGCCGCGGUACGUUUUGAAAUGGGCCACCUUAAGUCAGCAGUCAAAGACUAUGCCGCCUUAGUUGAGCAGUGCCCAUUCGAUAUAUAUGCCAUCCGUAGUUAUGCUGAAAUAUACGUUCUGCUCGCGGACACCGGAAACCCCCGGUUUGCAGACGGCCCUAGCAAGGUCAUAGAGGCAUAUCGACGUUGCAUCGCCCACUUUCGAGUAAAUGGAUUUGAUCUUCAAUAUCCCUUUGACUGGCAAGACAUCAAAAUCUUCGUCGAACUUCUUGCGUAUAUUGAACACUUCGAAGAUGCUAUUCAUGAGCUAAGAUCAUUAUCAAGGUGGCUCCUAACUCGAUCGGAUGAGGCGUUUUGGGAUAGCCAAGGGGACGACUGCGAAUGGGAUGAAGAUAGCACGCGACGAUUAGAAGUAGGACAAUAUCAAGAUGGAAAGCAUCCUAUUUCAUCUUACGGCAAAGGUCUUCCACUGGAACUAAGAGCAAAACUUGCUGUGUAUCGCCUCAAACUUGGUCAAGAGGAUGAAGCUAUGCGUCACUUAGCGUUUAUUGAUCCAGAUAUUCUUCAUACGCCUGAACUACUCCUAGAGCAUUCGCAUCUCAUGAUUGAUGCAGCUUCGGCAUUGUACGAGACGGGCCGCCUGCCCAUGGCCUUACGCUUUUAUGAACCGCUCCGAGAACCUGACCUUCUUGAUACCGAGUCUCUUAUCCGGGCAGGUCAGUGUUAUUUGGACGCGGGAGAUAAAAGACAGGCCGAAGAGUGUUUUACAACUGCCAUCGAUCAGGAUGAAGCUAAUAGCGAAGCUUGCAUCGAUGCACGCUACGAAUUAGCAAAGAUGUACGAAGCCGCAAGAGAAGAAAGAGAGGCCUAUAUCCUUGUAAAUGAAGCCAUAAAACUACAGGAGGCCCACGAUCAAGCUCGUGAAGAGGCCCGUGGAGACGACGAAGAUUUGGGAGAGGAUAAUGAUGAAGGUCGGGUGUCAGACGACGAUACUUCGCUACUCGAAACCGCCUUGGGGCGUGUCACUGGAGAAGAUAUAAGUGCAAACCCAAAGAGAGUCAAGCGCCUACUCAAACCAAAGGGCGAGAAACCGAAGCUGCUAAAGCCCAAGUCAAAGCCGAAGGAACGUAGACCCAGAGCACAACCAGAUCCAUCAAGGAGACGGCGCAAGGUGUUUGGUCACACUGAUGAAAUGCAAUUGGAAGAGAGGAGAAGGGCGGACGAGUUAUCCGAAGCAUGGAAGGUCGUGCGUGACUCUCGAAUUUCGACCAAAGCUGAUUCUAAUGGCCCAUCCAAUGCAUUUUUAUCCGCAGCUCGACUCCUUGUUGAUGAUUUUAGAUCGUACAAGGAUUUCUAUAGUUGGGAUAAGUAUCUGGCGCAUCUUGGCAUAAAUCAGGCCCGUGAGAAGGUCGAAGCCCGAAAAGGAAAUCCAAACCUUCUAGCCAUGGCCGAACGUUUAUCCAACAACCUAAAUCCAGAGGACUCUGGCGCCGAGAAGCAGAUCAAGGUAGCCGUGAGCUAUCGAGGUGUCUCGUUUGCCGAGUGGCUUGACCUUUUCCUCGAAUAUGCCAUCGGUCUAGCCCAAGUCGGGAGAUUUCAGGAUGCUUAUAAAGUAUGCGAAUCUGCUCGCGAUACCACGAUAUUCUCCAAGUCUAAAGAGGACGUGUUCUUAAUACACGUAACGUGGGCUGCAUGUGCAUUACGUAGUAGAGACGAGGAGACGUGUGUAGCCACAGCUCGUUGGCUCAUGAGGGAGUAUCAGUAUGAUACAGAUCCUUUCCGGAUGUUCUCUACCUUAUCCAGAUUAUGUCCAUCGCCAGCAUCAUGGUAUGCCUCUGGUCCCGUCCAGAAGUAUAUGCUACGACAGAUCAAGCUCAUGGACCGCGCUAUUACCGCGGCGGCAGGGGCUGAAGACAGCGGGGACGAAGAGGGUGUACCUAGCGGCAGGGUAUACCCAAGUAAGGAGUUGGACAUCACGUUGUUAAUGCUUUACGGACAUAUUUUGUUUAUAUCGAACAGCUUUACUUACGCGUUAAACUACUUCAUGAGAGCCUAUACUCUAGAUCCGACCAACAGUAUGGUCAUUCUUAGCGUGGGCCAUUGCUAUGUCCACUACGCAUUGAAGAGGCAAGCCGAGAACCGGCAAUUCCUCUUAACCCAAGGUUUCUUGUUUCUACACCAAUACUACGAGCUCAAAGUAGCCUCGCCGAGCGCGGCGCAGCGACAGGAAGCUCAUUACAAUCUUGCGCGUAGCUACCACGCCAUCGGCAUCCCACAUCUUGCCGUUGAGUACUACCAGCGUGUACUUCGGGAUGUGCCCGACGACUCCGGGAAUGGUAUCAUGGGCAGAGACGAUCUUACCCAGGAGGCGGCGUAUAACCUCCAGCAGAUUUACUGGGCGGGUGGUGAUGUGGGGGCUAUUAAGGGGAUCGGGGAGAAGUAUUUGAUCCUUUAA